AUGGCCAACGGAAAGCAAGAGAUGUGCUCAAGAAUAUCUUACCAGUCCUUCUGUAACAGGAGACCCUGGCAGGGAAAAGUCCACUGCGGUCAUAAAGCCGAGCAGAUAAGCCGAGGACAGAGACAGAGGAGGCUCAGUUCUGUCAGGACAGACGGAAACAUGGACGGGAUUCAGACAUACUUCACCGUGAGGACGUUCUUCAGCUUUCUCCUUCUGAUUCUGCUUCAAAUGUCCACUGAUGCCCAGGACAUCUGUUCUGCUCCUUCACCUGUCAACUUUGCAGAAAACAACACAGUGGGUGAGGUCGUGCAGACGAUCAACAUCCUGUCAGACACAGUGACCCUGGAGCUUAACCAUGACCCUACAGACCCCAACUACCCAUUCAGCCUCCAGGGAAACAAGCUGAUAGCUGUGAGGGUGUUGGACUACGAGACUGAAACUUCUCAUGUAGCCGAGAUCACCUGCACUGAUACGGCCUCAGGCUUAAAGUUCGGCCUCACCGUCAUUGUGCUUGUGACCAAUAAGAAUGAUAACCCUCCGGUCUUCUCUCAGAAUCUGUACCAGCUCAAUGUCAAUGAGCUGUCUCCUGUUGACACAAGCGUGGGCCGCUUCCCUGCCACAGACUUAGACGGUGAUAUAAUCUACUACACACUGACGUCUGAAUCUAACGGCUUCAAACUGAGGUCGCCCACCAUCCCGGAGCUCCUCGUUCAGACGCCUCUCGACUACGAUAAAGUCAAAAGUGUCCAACUGAUAUUAACCGCUCAGGAUGCACCGUUAACUCCAGCCAAUAGCAGGGCUCCAUUCAGCGCCACCACCACUAUCAUGGUCACCAUCGUAGACGUGGACAACAGACCGCCAUGGUUCCAGCCCUGCAACAAGCAUGAGAUCGGGGGAGUAGUGAUCUGCCAGAGCAGCGGUUACACCACCAGGGUCGUGUUAAACGAACAAGAGACUGGACUGUUACCUCUGAAACCAGGACCGCUGUACGCCAUCGAUGGAGACUCACUAAAUGAGGAGAUAACGUACUCGUUCCUGGGCGGAGACGCUGGUGGUCUGUUUCACAUCAACCCCAACACGGGGAACAUCAGCAUGCUGAAGCCGGCUGACGUGUUGGGGACCAUCGGUCUGACAGUUCUGGCUGCUCAGAGGAUAAACAGUCAUCAGUUUGCCACCACCACCGUCACAGUCAGCGUUCAGGUAAAGAGUCUCCACCCGCCACAGUUUCAGAGGCCUCAGUAUGAAGGCGUCAUCACCGCAGUGGGUGUCAUGGCAAUGGACCCGACGAACAAAGAUGAGCCGCUGAGGAUCCGCGCCACUGAUGAGGACUACGCUACCACUGGGGGUCUAAAUCCCUACAUCACUUACUACGUUAACGGGAGCGAUGAUUUCUCCAUCAUUGAAGGCUAUUUAUUCAUGACAAAGGAUCUCCCAGAGGGCACGUUAUCUCUGCAAGUCGUGGCGAUGGACACCUCUAAUGACCAAUCAGCCACAGCUCAGCUCUCAGUGGAGGUGACUUCAGGUCUCAGCACCACCAGUCUGCCUCUGAGCACCACAGGCAUCGUGGCCACGACGUCCUCAAGGGAAAUCACCACCAACAGCAAGACCACAGACGUUAUCAUGUCCACCUCCAACCCCAGUUUGUCUACUAACAACGACCUCUCAACCACCAUCCCCAGCUCGUCCAGUGAAAGCAUCAUCUCCACCACUAAUCCCAGUAUAACCAGUGAAGGCAGCAUUUCUACCACCAAUCCCAGUUUGACCAGCGAAGGCAGCAUUUCCACCACCAAUCCCAGUUUGACCAGUGAAGGCAGCGUCUCCACAGCCAGCACAGCUCAUCCUCACACAGUGACCGUCCCGUCAGGUGGCUACAGGGUGGAGGACAUGGCAGCGCUCGGUGCAUCCCUGGGCGUCCUGCUGUUCAUCUGUGUGGUGGUCAUCGUGGUGCUCGCACUUCAGAUUCAGAGGGGGAAAGCCGCCUGGGGAAAGAUCUAUGAAGCCAGCAUGUUCCAGAGCUCGCUGGGUCAAGGUUCAGGCAGUCAAAAGGAGGGAAUCCAGUACACCAACAAGGCCUUCCAGAACGAUGAAGAUGGAGACAGCGUCGGCUCUGGCGGUCCUGCAGGGGGACACAUGAUGGCUGGUGGAGGGGCAAGGGACUUUGCACUCAGUGAGGCCAUAGUAAAGACUACAGUGCCGCUGCACGCCCUCCUGCGAGACGACACCAGUCAGGCAGGCUCGGACAAGGCUGACAGUGAGAAGGAGGUGAAACCCAUCCUGACUAAGGAGAGACGCAUGGAUGACGGGUACAAGUCGGUCUGGUUUAAGGAGGAUAUCGACCCCAACGCCAAGGAGGAGGUGGUCAUUAUCCCUGACAGCAGAGAGGAUGACAGCGAGGAGGAAGACGAGGAGCAGGCCUCCAGCAGCAGAGAGGAGGACGAAGAUGACAGCCUGAGGACCCCGAGGGUCGUCUUUAAUGACACAGAUCUGGACAGUGGACUCGGGGUGAAGAUGGAGGAUCCAGCAGAGGACUCGGAAGCUGACGACGUGUUGAACAUUGAUCUGUGAAAGAGACGAGUACACAACGGGAACCGCCCAUAAUAAAAUCUAAUGAUUUAUUAGCAGUGUGUCUUAGCAGUCCAUUACAGACGACCAGAGACAGAACCAGGACUGAACACAUCCUGCUGAAAGAUAAAAACAAGUCAGGUUAUUAUGAGUCUGAGUUUAAUCCAUUAGCUGUGUGAAGGUUUAGAUUUUAAACAAAUAAAAUCUUUUACAACCUUUAUUCUUUAUGUAAAUAUUUCUUAAUCAUUACAGUAUAAACCUGAUUAAAGAUAUUAUGUCCAUGAAUAAAAGGAGUUUGAGGACACUGAGAUCAGUGUGGUGGAAAUGCUGGUCGUCCUUGCUAGUAUUACAGUUAUGGAAGAACUUCAAACUAAAUAUGUGUAUUUGUUGAUUUGUGCUUAAUAAAUCAGACAUGUAUUUUAAAUGUACUCAGCUGUGUGUUAAGGCGUUACAGCACCGGCUCCCAAGCUGUAGUUCCUGACCCCGACUACGGGUCGCCAAAGCUUCACAGGACGUCACGAGGCCUUCUUGAUUUUAAGGGUUAUAAGAAAACUUUAGAAACAUAUAUACAGUUGGUCUUUAUCUCAGGAUUUCAUUUAUUUCUGUGAAGAAAACAAAAUGGAACUGUUGUUUUUUAAUUUUGAUUAUUAUUCAUGACAAACUUUUAAUAAAACGCACCUGAACACAA